CUGACCGCGACCUACACCUGGACCACCGGGGACCCCGACAUGAGCCUCUUCCUCGCAGAACCCGCCAUGAUGGAGGAGAUGGAACCCGUCCAUCAGACUGACAGUGACGCCGGAGAAGAUGACAGCAGCGUGGAAAUGGAAGUACCCGGUGCCAAGAGGAAGCGCCGAGGGAAUCUGCCAAAAGAGUCUGUGAAAAUCCUGCGUGACUGGUUAUAUGAACAUCGACACAACGCUUACCCAUCGGAAGCGGAGAAAAGCAUCUUGUCAGGACAGACGCACCUCACCGUGCUGCAGAUCUGCAACUGGUUUAUCAAUGCCCGUCGGAGGAUCCUACCUGACAUGCUCCGUAAGGAUGGAAAGGACCCUAAUCAAUAUACGAUCUCUCGAAAGGGAAACAAGACCCCUGAGCCUCCUGCUCCUGUUCAUCACACGCCAAUCGAAAUCCCUUCAAUGAAACCACUCGAGUUCUCCUCGAUAACACACAUGGAGCACCCGACCAUUCCCAGUAUGCUGGUGGUCCCCCCCAUGGCUGCCGGCAUGAUGCCUCUCCUGUACCCCUUCAGACAUCCCAUCCAUGCUGUCGCUACAGUAAGUCACGACCUCAUCAUGCAGAAAGUGGCCCCUGCCAUGAAAGCCGAAGAAGGUGGCUCCCCUGCAGAACUGCCCAACAAACGUCUUUGCCACUCCACAGACGAGCUCGGACAAACUCCUUCUUCUGUCUCUCCCCCUUGCUUUAUCGAAGGCGCAAAAAUCAGCAGAUUGCAGAUCCUGGCACAUGUCGCCACCCAGUGCAUAGCGGAAAUGGAAGCUGAGGAGGCCAGGCGUGAGGCCGCUAGAUGUGCUCUCAACGCCCUCUUUAAGUCAUCCCCUAUUCCUGUGCAUAGAGGGUACCUGGUAACAGCUGGAAUACAUCAGUGA